CCUCAAGUUAGUAUUCUUAUUCUCGGCGAGCCUUGAAAGAUAGGGCUAGAGUUACUUCCUGACUCCGGGUGCGGCAGUGGUCUACUCAGUAUCUGAGAAGCCACCAACACGCUUGAAAUGCAGCCUGCUGGGACAAACGAAAGUUCCGUCACUUAAUAACGCAGGCAAACCGGCCUUGUGGUUCUCCACCCGCAGCUCUUUUACACGGUUGUGAGACGUUUGCUGGACUCCCCUCUCAGCGUCAGCGCGUCCGUCGCAAGGUGACGAAGCCCGCCAGGAUGCCGCCGCACGUAUUGCGCCUUACCUGGAGCUGUAUCCGGCUCGCGGUUCUGUGCAGCUGGUGCGGAAGGUGUGCGGCCGAAAUUCAGGAUCGCAGUCCGGUGACAAGCAGCGGCGAGGACAAGAAACAACUUACGAGUAGUGUAAAAUCUCCGGAGACACAUCAAGUGACAUCUCCUUCGACAACAUCUUAUCCCAACAAGAAUGAGCUGAGUAGCUCCCCCAUUCCUCGCACAGAUACAGUUCCGCCGGUCUUGCCGACGGCGCAAGGACGAAUGAUUAGUACGGAAAGCAGCACCGCGGCCACCUCGGAGCACAACAUCCAGGAUCAUGAAGAAUACGCUAUGACCACUGGUGGUGCCUCAGCAAGUGCAAGUCAAGAGGAUCAUGAUCAAGCUCCAAAAAAGAGGCAGCAUAUUUCUUCAUCAUCUCUUCCUCGCGCAACAAGCCACGUCGAGGACUCCAAUGUAAACCCACACCCACCCGAGGUCAGCAUGGCCAUGGGCGAUGUGUUGCAGCAAAGCCCAACCAAUCAUCAACAAAUGAAAAUGUCGACAGGAACUGUACACCGAGAAGCAAGCAAGGCGACGUCAGAACUUGAGACGCAGGCCAGCGUGGUAGCUGCCAUCAGAAGUAGAGUGAUGGGCUCUGGAACAACUACAACGGCGGCCGCGGCAGCGGAUGAAACGUUAACGAUGGCGUAUGUGCAGAACAAGUUAGUCCCUGCCCUGCAUACAGCUGUCAUGUACAGCAUCGUCUGUGGUGCUUUCUAUCACACGCCGAUCCUCGCGUGGGCAUAUUCCAAAUCACCGCCCGGGGACCAACAUACCAACCGACUGAAGAUUCUGCCACUGGACGACAACGAUCCCAACUUCAAGGAAGUAAAGCGCAGAAUUCCGAUUCCACCAAACGCAAACCUUCAGCUAGUGGGGGACGCGCCCGCAGCACCCGCCUCGGGGCGAGUGCCCUACCCUGGUGUCGGGGAAGGUCGUGUCAUAGAAGGCUACUCCUCGACCAUCGAGGUCGCCGAGUCCGAAGGCACUUCCUGGAAUUAUUUGCUAACGCAAAAAAUUAAGACCGCCGCCGGCGACGUUGCUGGCGGCGUCGAGCAGACGUACACAGUCAAGAGCAAGCUUAAUAUUCUGGUACCGGAGCCGAUCCUUCAGGGGACGCAGACAGACCAGAAGUUCCAUCUCAUAAAUAUGCAGAUGCUCGAACUGUCCCACGCCCCGGUGGAGGAGCAGCAGCAGUUUGGCUGGAAACCACUGCUGCUGUCCGGUCCCCAGGCCGCGGGACCCCGCUUCAACAACAUAGGCACGUUGCAGCCGCGCAGUAACUUGAUGUAG